AUGGCUGGAAUAGGUUGCAUCCAAACUGGAAAUUGUAAGGAACAUGAAAGAAUUCACACUGCAGAGAAACCCUAUGUAUGUAAGCAAUGUGGGAAAGCUUUUACCCAACAUGGACAUUGUAAGCGACAUGAAAGAAUUCACACUGGAGAGAAACCCUAUGUAUGUAAGCAAUGUGGGAAAGCUUUUACCAGACCUGGACGUUGUAAGGAACAUGAAAGAAUUCACACUGGAGAGAAACCAUAUGUAUGUAAGCAUUGUGGGAAAGCUUUUACCAGACCUGGAUGUUGUAAGGAACAUGAAAGAAUUCACACUGGAGAGAAACCAUAUGUAUGUAAGCAAUGUGGGAAAGCUUUUACCAGACCUGGAUGUUUUAAGGAUCAUGAAAGAAUUCACAUUGGAGAGAAACCCUAUGUAUGUAAGCAAUGUGGGAAAGCUUUUAUGAGACCUGGACAUUGUAAGGAUCAUGAAAGAAUUCACACUGGAGAGAAACCCUAUGAAUGUAAGCAAUGUGGGAAAGCUUUUACCAAACCUGGAUAUUGUAAGGAACAUGAAAGAAUUCACACUGGUGAGAAACCCUAUGAA